UGCAGCAUUUGGCAGCAGUGGUGGGCUAUGCUUCGACUUUGAUGUAUUUAGACUUAGUGCUGGAAUGUACUAAAACCCUACAGACAUCUCAUGUGAGACUUGGAACAGUAUCGAAAGACCUGUCUAUCUUGUCUGGCGGCCGUUACGGCUCAGGGAACACCUUGUUGUAUGGCCAGUAAAUGGUCAGCAACGAUGUCGGACAUACAAGCUAUAGCCAGUGGAAAUAUGGUUACGUCCAACUACUACUACGACAGCGACAACAUGGCCACCGCCAUCCAGUACUACGAGUUUGGAACCCCAACGCCUGUAUUGAGGAACAGGGUUGUUACAUCAUACUCCAAGAAUGUACGUUACAACAUUGACGCUGACGGCACAUGCACAAAAGAAGACAUCUCAGAUACCAUGGUCCCAAAGUGCAUCCCAGCCACGGCUACUUACCUUGGUUCUAACUACGUUGGUACUGAGGAAAAUGGGCUGAAGUAUGAUGGCUGGCAGAUACCUCUGGGUAGCCUCAACAUCACUGUCAGCUUCUCCAACCCCGACUGCAUCCCAAUAGUUCAGGCUGUCACUGGCACAGCAUCAUCAUCUCCAGUUAAUUUAGCUCUCUUCUUCAACGGAUACAAGGUCGGCAUUACCAAUCCUGCUGCCUUCGACGUCCCAAUUUCUUGUUAGACCAGGAAAUACGGUAAUCACAAUUCACCGUUGAUCCCAGGUUAAUGUCCAUUUCAAUUCAGCAGCUUGGUCUUUCAUGUAAAUAUGAACAGAAAUGAAUACUAGUAUGUAUCUGUGACAUAGUUGCUCUGA